UAUAUAUAUAUAAUAGCGUAUAUAUAUGUAAUAUACGUUGUGGAGAAUUUCAUGGCCGCAUUGGUUGCGUUGCAUCAGCAAGUGCAAUGUUCAUCUAUUUUCGGUUGUCUCGUAGCGGUAGAUCGCUUCAAUGAUCAGUGAUUUUUAAUUUGGAAAAUGGCCGAAUCAGAACAAAGGAACAAAGAGAAUUGUAUCGUAGGAUCAAAAGAAAUGAUGGUGAAGCAAGAAAAGCGUGAGAACACGUUGACGAAUGGCGGGAAAGGAUCUGGGGAUGACGCGGACAGUCUCGAAGAAUUACCUCUUGAUAUUGGUGAACAUUAUCUUGUUCGCAGAUCUGAUGAUUCCUGGCAUCCAGCAGAAAUUAUUCAAACUCGAUAUAACGAGAGUGAAAGCCACUAUGAAUAUUAUGUUCAUUAUGAAGGACAUAAUAGAAGAUUGGAUGAAUGGGUGCCUAGAGAUAGAAUUAUGUCAAGCAGAUUUGAUAUGAGUGAUAGAAGUUGGAAAAGUGGAGACAGAAAUUCUGGUACUGAUUUAUUGGCAGAUUCAUCAGAUCGUAAGAUUACAAGAAAUCAAAAAAGAAGACAUGAUGAAAUUAAUCACAUUCAAAAGACAUAUGCCGAAAUGGAUCCUACAACUGCUGCACUAGAAAAAGAACAUGAAGCAAUAACAAAAGUCAAAUACAUUGAUAAGAUUCAAAUAGGAAAGUAUGAAAUUGAUACUUGGUAUUUUAGUCCAUAUCCAGAAGAAUAUGGCAAGCAACCAAAACUAUGGAUUUGUGAAUAUUGUCUUAAAUACAUGCGUCUUGAAAAAACUUAUAGAUAUCACAUGAGUGAAUGUACGCAUAGACAACCAGUUGGCAAAGAAAUAUAUCGCAAAGGCACAUUAAGUAUUUGGGAAGUGGAUGGUAGAGAGCAUAAAAUUUAUUGUCAAAAUUUAUGCUUACUUGCAAAAUUGUUUUUAGAUCAUAAAACACUUUAUUUUGAUGUUGAACCAUUUCUUUUUUAUAUUCUUUGUGAAGUUGAUAAACAUGGAGCUCAUUUAGUUGGUUAUUUUUCAAAGGAAAAAGAAUCACCUGAUGGUAACAACGUUGCUUGCAUUUUAACUUUACCGCCGUUUCAAAGACAAGGAUAUGGAAAGCUUUUAAUCGCUUUUAGUUAUGAAUUAAGUAGAAUAGAACAAACUGUUGGUAGUCCUGAAAAACCUCUAAGUGAUUUAGGAAAAUUAUCAUAUAGAAGUUACUGGAGUUGGAUUCUUUUAGAAAUUUUGCGGGAUUUUCGAGUCAAAUGACAAGUAUAUCACAAACAGAUAUUAUAUCGACUUUACAAAGUAUGAAUAUGGUUAAAUAUUGGAAGGGUCAACACGUAAUUUGUGUAACACCUAAAUUAGUUGAAGAACAUAUUAAAAGUAGUCAAUACAAGAGACCACGGUUAACAGUGGAUAGUAGUGCACUUAGAUGGGGAGCUCCACCACGAAAAAAUGUAAAACCUGGCAAAAAGUAGCAGAAAUCAAAUUGUAAUUCAAUGAUUUUUAUUAUCGUGAGAUUUGAUGAUUUAAUGUGUUUAGUAAACACUUGAUAAAAAAAAAGUUGCACUUGAUAAUAUGCAACAAUAUUCUUAAAUUUGGUAAACAAUUUUUAUGCGCAUAUGCGAAUUUAUAUAAAAUAUUACGUGUAUAUUUCGCUAAUAUGCAUUGUAAGACUCGUAUUUGACUCGUGAUGAGUAAACAUGAUUGAUUUCUAAAGCUUCGUUAAAUCUUCGGAGCGUAAAAAUACUAAAGAUGUAGUAAUAUAUUCUCUAAAUAAUUUAAUUUUUUUUUCGGUAGUACACAAAAAAAAGAUAAUAUACUGAUAUUGACUCGAAAUACCAUGUAUUUCUUAAGAUAGAAGAAUCAUUAAUUUUUGCUGGAAAUUUAUCAGUUUUGCAAUAUGUGAUUAUAAUCUCAAGAUACAAGUAUAUUGUGUUUCACAUAAAAGAAAAAAAAAUAAGAUUGAUAAUAAUACCAUGCAGUAUUAAUCUGUAUUAAUGAUUUUAUUAUAUACAUUCAUUAAUAAUAAAUUAAUUAUUCAUGAGAAAGAAAUUAUCAUAAAAUAACCAUAAAUAUAAUUAAACUUUAUCAUCAUUACACAAUAAUUCAUUAUUUAUAAUUUUGAAAUAGAUGAUUUAUGCAUUUCUUUUGCCAAUUUAAUGGCAUACUUAGCAGUUCCAGGUGCAGUGCACACUCCGUAACCUCCAUGUCCAUAAUUAUGCACUAGCUGUAACAUAAUUUUGAUCAAUUAACGAAAACAUUCAUAAAUAAAAUAUUCAAUUGAAACUAA